AUGAUUACUGAGAGCAAAGACCUCUUGGGGGUGCACCUCCUCGGCAGCACUCUGGGGGUGGACCUCCGCAGGGGUCGCAGACGCCACUCGGGCACCCUGCAGCUGCCCCCGUUGUCAUGGAGACAGGCCGAGAGGGCCCGCACCCCGGACGAGGACCCCGUGUCCAGGCCCUCAUCUCUGCUCUUCCCCAGCCCCCCGCGCAUCAACAUCACAGUCCCCACCGAGGGUUUUGACGUUGAGAAUGGGGCAUCAGGCAGCGGCAGCCCUCUGGACCUCCAGGUGUCCCCCGGCUCUGGCCUGGUGCUGCAUCACAACAUGGCCAGCCACGGCCAGCGCCGCGAGUCCUUCCUGUACCGCUCCGACAGCGACUACGACCUCUCACCCAAGUCCAUGUCCCGUAACUCCUCCAUCGUGGGCGAGCUGUGAGUGACACACACAUAAACGCGCAAACACACAUGCACACACACACAUAAACGCACACACACACACACACAUGCACACAUCAAACCUCACAGUCUGAUUAACAGUUAUUCACUCAAUGUGUCAGAUUUCUUGUUCAUGUCGGUGUUAUUGUUCAAAUUGAAUGAAUUUUUAAUAAUGAGUAUUUGAACCAUUAAGUAUUAUACAUAAUGCAUAUAUUCUAACACAAUAAACAUUUGCUGUGUAGUAUUUUGAGAUUGGAUUGGGUUUGGAAAUAACGUUAUUUGUAGUACUUCUCUUUUCAGUAUCAUUUAACGUUUUUUUUUUUUUUACAUUUUUCUAUUUUCCAGCCAUGGAGAGGAUCUGAUUGUCACACCCUUUGCUCAGGUGGGUCAUUUUUAACAUCAUGCUAAAGAAUUAGACUAGUGAACUAGUGAAUUAGAAACGCACAACCUGAGAUGCCAUGUUAGACUAGUGAAUUAGAAACGCACAACCUGAGAUGCCAUGUUUGACUAGUGAAUUAGAAACGCACAACCUGAGAUGCCAUGUUUGACUAGUGAACUAGUGAAUUAGAAACGCACAACCUGAGAUGCCAUGUUAGACUAGUGAAUUAGAAACGCACAACCUGAGAUGCCAUGUUUGACUAGUGAACUAGUGAAUUAGAAACGCACCACCUGAGAUGCCAUGUUAGACUAGUGAAUUAGAAACGCACAACCUGAGAUGUCAUGUUAGACUUGUGAACUAGUGAAUUAGAAACGCACAACCUGAGAUGUCAUGUUAGAC